AUGUUUCUCAAAUCUGCUCUCCUGGCUGCGGCCACCCUUUCGUCUUCGGUGCUGGCCGCCUUCGGUGUUACCAAGUCUGGUGACGACUUUGUCGUCGAUGCCGGCUCAAGCAACGCGUUGGUAUUUACAGUCAACGGCAAGAACUGCGACAUCACUUCAAUCAAGUACCUAGGCGAGGAGUUUCAGUAUGCCUCAAAGGGAUCACACAUUUCUUCCGGUCUUGGAUCUGCCACAGUCCAGUCUGCAAUCAUCGGCACUACCGCCAAAAUCACCUGCACGACCUCAACUCUAACCCACUAUUAUGUGGUUAAGUCUGGCGAAUCGACUAUCUACAUGGCCACUUACACCACUGCCGAACCAGACAUUGGUGAGCUGCGCUUCAUCGCUCGUCUCAACCCCAACACAUUGCCUUCGGAAUACCCCUUCGGUGUUGUAUCGACCACUGCUGGCUCGAGCUCGGCUGUUGAGGGUUCGGACGUGUUUGUUGUCGAUGGCCAGACCCGCUCGAAGUUUUACUCUAGCGAGCGGCACAUUGAUGACUCCAGGCAAUGCGUCUACCGUGGAGAAGACGUUCACGUUUGCAUGCUGCUCAACACUCAGUCGUAUGAGGGUUCUUCUGGUGGACCUUUCCAUCGUGACAUCAACUCGAACAAUGCCGGCGACUCGACCAACUUGUACUUCUACAUGAACUCCAAUCACGUACAGACUGAGAAAUAUCGCAUGGGUCUUCAUGGCCCGUACGCAAUGGCAUUCACUCGCAGCGGUAUCCCAUCCGGUGGCUCAUCACUCGACACAUCUUUCUUCAAAGACCUCUCCAUCACCGGAUACGUCGCCGACUCUGACCGUGGAAAGGUUUCGGGUACUGCGACUGGCGUUGGCUCCAGCUUCCAAACAGUUCUGCAUUGGUACAAUGAUGACGCACAGUACUGGGUGUACGCCGACAGCGCUGGCAAGUUCACCUCGCCUUCGAUGAAGCCCGGAACAUACACACAGGUCCUGUAUCAGGGCGAAUUUAAGGUCAAGGCUGCAAGCGUCACUGUCAAUGCCGGUACAACUAACACCGCUAACAUCGCCGCCGAUGCCGAGACCAAGACGUCUGUCUGGCGAAUUGGCGAAUGGGACGGCUCACCUAAGGGCUUCAGAAAUGCCGCCAACCAGCUGCGUAUGCAUCCCUCGGACUCCCGUAUGGAGUCCUGGGGCUCGCAGACCUAUACCGUCGGCUCUAGUAGCCUAGGCAAUGUCCCCAUGGCCCUCAUCAAGGGCACGAAUCAACUCACCAUCGAAUUUACCGGCGCCACUGGCUCAACUCUUCGCGUCGGAACUACACUUGCAUUCGCUGGCUGUCGUCCAUCGGUCGUGGUAAACUCAUGGACGGCUGCUACGCCCGCUGCGCCGACAAAGAUUGACUCCAGAGGUCUCACACGUGGUGCGUACCGUGGGUUCGGUGAGGUGUAUGACUUUGCGAUCCCUGCUGGUACCUUGACAAGUGGAUCCAACACCAUCACUAUUACUUGCACCAGCGGAAGUGCCGGUGACGGCUUCCUCGCGCCGAAUGUCAUCCUCGAUGCGAUAGAGUUGUUCGAGUAA